AAACCAACCGAUGGGACUGUGCCAAUAACGAGUCAGCGACGCUCAUCGACAACAACCGUUUUAUUAACGUUAAAAAAAAUUUAGUAAAACUUGUUCAGCUUUAUACCUCCAACUCCAGAAACCCAAACACAUUUAUUCAUUCAUUUCUCUUCCUUCCAUUCCAAUUGCUUUCAUCUCAUCUUAAUUUAACAUUAAAUUACAGAAUUGGAAUUUGGAAUUGGAAUUGGAAUCAUGGAGGAUGGUGCUAGCAGUAACAACAAUGUUGAUGGUGCAAGAAAUUCCAUAGGGAAAUUAGAAGAGUUACCUAUGACAAUCUGUGAUUCGGAUAGAAAGUCAAGUGAGGAUAACGUGGUCGUGGGUUACAUUAUGAAGCCUUCUCGUGAAAAGGACUUUGCAAAGAGAGGUGCAUUUCCAUCAAAUCCUACUCAAAAUGGGUUGAUAUUUAUGCCUCUCACAUUUGACCUUCCGAUAUUACCUCAGCUGAAAAAAGUGGACAUUGUUAUCCAUAAAGCAACCGAUGAAAUUUCCUCAAUUGAAAGAAGCGGUUGCUCUAGUAAGAUUAUUAUUUAUACUGACAGAAUGCUAGAAUUGCAAAGGUGUUUAGGUGAACUGCCAAAUUGCUGUGUGAUCGAUCCAUUUGAUAACAUUCUAUCAGUCGUGGACCGAUUGAGAAUACAAGAAAUUUUACAAGGAUUAGCAGAUAUGAAAACAGAAAGCCAACACAAAAUCAGAGGGGCAUAUUUUUUAAAGGUCGAUAACUUUGAGGAUCUUAAGUUGGAACAGAAGCUACAUGAAGCUAAAUUAUCGUUUCCAUGUAUUGUAAAACCUCAAGUUGCUUGUGGUGUAGCUGAUGCCCACAGUAUGGCUAUUGUCUUUAGAGCUGAUGAUUUCUUGGGUCUCAGUGUUCCUCUUCCAGCAAUUGUGCAGGAAUACGUUGAUCAUUCAUCUACACUUUACAAAUUUUAUGUCUUGGGGGAAAAGGUUUUCUAUGCAAUCAAGAAUUCAACACCUAAUGCAGAUAUCUUGAGGAAUUCAUAUGAGAAAAGCGGAUUAAAACCUCUACUCUUUGACAGUUUAAAAUCUUUGCCUAUUGAUGUAAACAAGAAGCCUUCUGAGAUUCGAGAUUGCUCUGAGUUGAAACAACAGCAGAAUCUUGAUAUAGGGCUUGUUACCGAUGCUGCAAAUCACCUUAGGAUGGUUCUUGAUCUGACCAUCUUUGGCUUCGAUGUUGUUAUUCAGGAGGGGACACGAGAUCAUGUUAUUGUGGAUGUAAAUUACUUGCCAUCAUUUAAAGAAGUGGCUAAUGAAAUUGCGAUUCCUGCCUUUUGGGAUGCUAUCAAGAUGAAGUACCAGUUGAAAAAGAGUAUAGAUGUUUAGUAGUUAUUAAUGUAAUUGUAUGAAAUUAUGUACGUUGGUGUAAGGUAGAAAUGAUUUACGGUGAUAUUUUUUUUUACUAAUUAGGCUUUUUCUUAAGGUGAUAAUGACAUUUUUCUAACAA